AUGGCAUACUCCUGUGCUGUAUUAAAGAAGGAAGAUGAAGACUUAAAGGUUGCACAACUGAGAAAGAUCUCUCUUCUGAUUGAAAAGGCAAGAAUUGAUAAAAAUCAUGAAGUUCUUGAGAUUGGGUGUGGUUGGGGAAGCUUAGCUAUUGAAGUUGUCAAACGAACUGGAUGCAAGUACACUGGCAUCACUCUGUCUGAGGAGCAAUUGAAAUUUGCGGAAAUGAAUGUGAAAGAAGCUGGCCUUCAGGACCGCAUUAAAUUUCUUCUUUGCGACUACCGCCAAUUGCUUAAUACCCUCAAAUAUGACACAAUCAUAUCUUGUGAGAUGCUAGAAGCUGUUGGCCAUGAAUUCAUGGAAGCAUUUUUUGCUUGCUGUGAAUCGGUAUUAGCAGAAGAUGGGCUUCUUGUUCUGCAGUUCAUAUCAAUACCAGAUGAACGUUAUGAUGAGUACACAGAUUUCAUAUAGGAAUAUAUAUUUCCUGGUGGAUGCCUUCCUUCAUUAAGUAGAGUAACAUCAGCCAUGGCUGCUGCAUCCAGACUCUGUGUGGAGGACCUAGAGAACAUAGGGAUUCAUUACUACCAAACACUCAGAUACUGGAGAAAGAAUUUUCUUGAGAAGCAGGGCAAAAUCCUCACUCUCGGGUUUAGUGAAAAAUUCAUUCGGAGGGAAUAUUACUUUGAUUAUUGUGCGGCUGGUUUUAAGACGCAUACACUUGGAAAUUAUCAGGUUGUAUUAUCACGUCCUGGCAAUGCUGCUGCGUUUGAUAAUCCAUAUCAAACUUUGCCUUCAGCAUGUUGAUUAUGUUCUCAAAGGAGAGACACAAUCUUCAUAUUCCUGCCUGGACAAACUAUGGUUGAUUCUUUCUUUUUUGGUGGUCAUUAUUGACAUUAU